CCACUGCCGAAAAAUACGGUAAGCAGCCGGUAUCACUCUCCACACUCGGGUUACCCCCAAAGGGACAGCCCUGGUUACGACCCGACCCGGGAGUCAAUGUCCAGCAAAAUGCGAGAGGAAUGCACCGUACGAUCGACGUCUCUUUUAUAAGACCGACACGCAGCUAUCUCUUCAAGACCACAGACUAGACAUCAGAUACACAAGAUGGCCAUCCCAACCGAGCAACAACCCGCCGUCAACGGUCACGCAGAGACCAACGGCCACACAAACGGCCACACGAAUGGCACAGCUCCUGUGCCAGACACAAUUCCAACAGAGAAACCUCCACAUCCGCGAUAUGUGCCUCUGAACAACCAGUAUGGCUACACACCGCGCAAGCUGCGCGUCAUCACCAUCGGCGCCGGCUUCUCGGGGCUGUUGAUGGCGCACAAGAUCCAGCAUCGAUUCAAGGAGCUGGAAGAGUUCGUCACACACAAGAUCUUCGAGAUGCGAAGCGACAUUGGAGGAACGUGGUUGGUGAACAAUUACCCGGGAGUACAAUGCGAUGUCCCAGCACACAUCUACGCCUUCCCCUUCGACCCAAAUCCCAACUGGUCAAAAUUCUACGCCAGCGGUCCGGAGAUCCAAGAGUAUAUCAAAAAGACAGUCGCGAAAUGGAACCUCGACCGGGAUGUACAGCUAAACACGCGCGUCGUCGCUGCCCGAUGGAACGAGAACGACGGCGUGUGGAAAGUGACUGUUGAGCAUGAAGGUGUCCAGCGUGACGAAUAUGCAGAAAUCGUCAUCAGCGGCCAGGGCGUGCUAUGCCAUCCCUCCUGGCCGACCAUUCAAGGCCUCCACGACUUUAAGGGCAAGAUUGUGCAUUCGGCAGAAUGGGACCACAGCUUCGACUACUCGAACAAGCGCAUUGCCGUUAUUGGGAAUGGGUCUUCGGGGAUCCAGAUUACCCCUCAGAUGGCGGCCCUCCCGGGGACAGAAGUCGUCAAUUUCGUCAGAUCCAGCGGUUGGAUCUAUUAUCGCUUGCCAGCAUCCAGACAUCUUGGCCGGAAAACCGACGAAGUCAACCCAACAUUCACAGACGAAGAGAAGAAGAAGUUUCAAGAUCCAGAGUAUCACCACCAAUACCGCAAGGGCAUCAUCGACCGGACAAACAAGGCGUUCAAGCUGUUCCUCAAGGGCGAGUACAACGAGGAAGCAGUCCGCUUCGGCACCGAGCAGAUGGCUGCAAAGCUCAACUACGACCCGGAGCUCUGCCGGAUCCUCAUCCCCAAGUGGGAGGUCGGGUGCAGGCGUGUGACGCCCGGUCCAGGAUACCUCGAGUCCUUUUCCAAGCCCAACUGCAACCUGACCGACAGCCCGAUCACGCAUAUUAGCGAGAACGCCGUGCACACAGCUGAUGGCAAGACCUUUGAAUGCGACGUCGUCAUCUGCGCCACGGGCUUUGACGUCUCGCACCGCCCGAAAUUUCCCCUCAUCGGACAAAACGGGGCGAACCUCGCAGAGAAGUGGGCGGACGAACCAGAGUCCUACCUCUCCGUCGCAACAGCCGGCUUCCCCAACUACUUCAUCUUCACGGGGCCCAACUCGCUCGGCGGGCAUGGAUCCCUCGUCGAAGCCCUAAACUGGACGGGCGACUACUUUGUGAAAUGGAUCAAGAAGAUCGCAACAGAAGACAUCAAGUGCGUUGUGCCCAAGAAAUCCGCCGAGGAAGCCUCCGUCCGGUACGGCGACGAGGUGCACAAGACGAUCGUCUGGACUGGCGGAUGCAAGAGCUGGUACAAGCGGAACAAGGCGGAUGGGCGGGUGACGGCGCUCUUUGGGGGGUCGGCGCUGCUCUUCAACAGGUUGAUUAGUGAGCUGCGGCCUGAGGACUUUGAGAUUACGUACAAUAGUGUGAAUAGCUUUAGAUUCUUGGGGAAUGGGUUUUUGGAGUAUGAGAUGGAUCCCGAGCAGGAUCUUUCGUGGUAUGUCGAGAUGCCGGAGCCGUUGAAGCAGUGACAGUGAUGACUACGGUCAUGUCGGGAGGAGUUAGAUUUCGUUUCCAAU